AUGUUACCUUUAUCCUUAUUGCGUACAGCUGUGAACCAUCCAAUGUUGGUUGAAUUGAAAAAUGGUGAAACCUAUAACGGCCAUUUAGUAAGUUGUGACAAUUGGAUGAAUAUCAACUUACGUGAAGUUAUUUGCACAUCAAGAGAUGGUGACCGUUUCUGGCGGAUGCCAGAAUGUUAUAUUCGAGGCAGCACCAUAAAGUAUUUGCGUAUCCCAGAUGAAGUUAUUGAUAUGGUGAAGGAAGAAGUUGUGAUGAAGAACAAAGGCCGUGGAGAAAUGAAAGGACGGGGAGGUCCUCAGCGAGGACGAGGAGGCAGGGGUACUUUUGGUGGUCGAGGUGGGCGUGGUGGAAGCAAUACUGGCAGUGGAGUUGCAAGUAUGUGCUGCGCAAUUACGGCCGGAUCAGUGUCGACUCACAUUUCUCGGAUAUCAUGUCAUCUUUACUCAAAAGGAGAACAAAGAAAAGAUCUAAACAAGACUCACGAGAACAGCCUGCUUUCUUCUGAGACAGUUGUGGGUCAUUCAGUAAGGAAAACAAAAACAAAUACAAAAUUUAAUUAG